AUGAGAAAACAAAAUCGUCCCAAUCAAACAGCAAGAAAGCAGAUGCAAAAUUUGACAGUUGAGUUGUUCGCUAGAGACAAAAAUGCCCGACGUCAACUUAUCGAUGAAGCUCUAUCCGUUUCCUCUACGAUCCCAGUUAACGAUAUUUCCCCUUCUAAAACUCCGGAACAACCAGCAAUUUCACCUACUCCCGAACCGAUUCAAGAACUUGUCCAAGUACUUCUUGCACCGGAACCAGGUAAUCAUGUUCCAAGGAAACCAAGAAGUCCGAGAAAAUCUGCUCCUGCCAAACCCAAGACCGUUCCAAAGAUUUCCCAACCGAAUCCAGUGCAGCAAACUGAAAAAUCAGAACAACAGGAUAAGCCGAAGGUUGUACAAAAGUCGGAGAAUGGAACUACUGUGAAGCCUCAAGAUUCCUUGACACCUGUGAGUAAUCCAGAUUCUUCGAAAGUUGUUGUGGAUGAACUGCAGCAAGCAGAGAAAAGGAAACAACACGUGGAAUCUGCGGAGAAAACAGAACCAAAAGCUAUUGCAGAAGUCAGUGUUUCCGAGACUCUUCCAGUCACGGAUCCCGUCUCUCCUGCUGUUCCAUCUGCUCAAAGCCCUGUCGAAGAUGAGGAACCAUUUGUUCCGCCGCCACCGUUGCAACGUGUCCCAUAUGAAGCUCAAUCAAGUCAUCUGGCGAAUAUUCGCGCUGUAACUGAGUCAAUGAACAUUGCUGCUUUCCCUUCUCAAUCUCAACUUUCUCAACAACAACAUCAACACCAUCAACAACAUCAGCAACAACAUCAACAUCAAUAUCAACAACAACAACCACAACAGCAACAACAACAGCAACAACAACAACUUCAAGAACCCAUGUCUUUUGCUGCAUGUGUUCGUAAACAACCAUCCAUUGAGAGCAUGAGUGUUUCUCCAUCUCCAUACUCGAAAUUUGACGGAAAGACUAGUCCAUUCAACACUGGUGGUAAUAUGGGAGGAUUCAGUAACCAAGGAGGAUUCGGAGGUUUCAGUAGAGAACCGAAUAAGAAUCCUAAUCCAUUCGCGAAUCGUAAAAGAUUCAAUUAUGAUUACGAUUCACCGUCCAACAACUCACAUUCUCACUCCAACAACCGCUUCUUUCCUGAUCGUUCUGAUCAAGUCCGUGAUCUCUCUGAUGGUUUCUCUGCUUUGAGUUCUAAGCCGAAUGGUUUCAUGAAUCGCGGAAUGAGUCGUGAAAGUUCAAGUUCGGGAGUUUUGCCAAAUUGGUAUAAAGGAAGAUCUUUCUCAACUGCAAGUUCCCAUUAUCCAUAUAGUCAACGAUCGACUUCUUCUGGACAAUUUUCUCCGUUCACUAAGACUUCUCAUAGUACAACAUUGAACAUUCCGUCACAUGGACAUGUUGAAGAUAUCGAUGGUUUCUUAGCCUCCAGCACUCCUUCCAAUCCAUUUUUCUCCAAAAGAUCGGACUUGAACAUGAAAAAAGAGAGAUGGGCUCGAAUGAAAGCGAAGAAACGGAUGCUCAGACGUCCAAUUGAGGAUGAAUUCUACGAGGAUCCAGAUAUCGAAGAAGAAAUUCUUUGUGGAAACGGUGUCAUGCUCAAUCAAAUAGUUCAACAGAGCUCUUCUGGAAACUACGAAGAUGCUGACUUGCUCCGUAAAUAUCGUCGGGACGUAGCUUUCGUGAAAGAACGUGUUUUGAAUUCAAUCGACGGUAAUAUCGAUGGAAUCCGUGAUUUGAGAUUUCUACUGGCUUCUGUGCAAACCUACGGUAAUAUCGAUGGAGAAUGCAUGAUGGCUGAAUUGGGAAUGAACGAGUUUUCACUGUUUUCUGGAAUAAUUGAGAAGUUUCAUGCAAUUAUUGGACCAUGGCAAACUGAAAAUGAAUCACAGAGAAGACGUGCAAGUAGACAUGCAUUGGAAACUCAUCGUAUUCCACUUCAACAUUCAAUUGCAACCAUUUCCAAACGAAAGCUUGUCGAAGAAAUUCUGGGUAGAGUGGAGCCAAGUAUUGCAUGCCAUCAAGGAGUCAAAGUCGGAUUGUACAGCGAUUCGUGCAAUGAAAAAACAAGAAUCGAAUUAAAUAUCAAGAAUAACUUCAAAGAUCCAGGAAUGAUUUGUGAUAAGAACGAUCGUCGAUUCAUUCUGGUUCUUCAGUCUGAACUUGAUUUGAUGGUGGAGAGUAUGAAACAUUUGGCCAAGACUGUUGGAUUUCAUUAUGACGGGUUCCCAGUCCAUCACAAUUGUUUUGUAAUCGUUGAAGCUUUUGUCGAAGCGAUUUCUGAUAUAAUGAAUGAAAAAAUUGAUCUCGAAACUAUGCGUUGGUUCAGUUUGCUCGGUCAGAAAGUGGACGCAGAGGAGAGUGCUUCUCCGUGGGAAACCGGAACUAACUUUCAUUGUGCUCGUCAUUCAGAACCAAAAAGUAACUUCUGUGCAGCGGUUACUGUUGGUCGCACAUGUAUCAUCAUUUACCACGUCCUUGGAAGUUUCUUCCGUCGGUACCAUCUUAAAAAGAUACCAACUGCUCUUCAGAUCCCGUCAACAUCUGCACCAAUUCAAUGA